AUGGAGGAAGAAGUCGCAGCACUUGUUAUUGACAAUGGAUCCGGAAUGUGCAAGGCCGGCUUUGCUGGCGAUGAUGCUCCUCGCGCAGUUUUCCCGUCUAUCGUCGGUCGCCCUCGUCACCAGGGUGUCAUGGUCGGAAUGGGCCAAAAAGACUCCUAUGUUGGUGAUGAAGCACAAUCUAAGCGAGGUAUCCUUACGUUGAAAUACCCCAUUGAACACGGUAUCGUCACGAACUGGGAUGACAUGGAAAAGAUCUGGCAUCACACCUUUUACAAUGAACUCCGUGUCGCCCCUGAGGAGCACCCAGUUCUAUUGACGGAGGCGCCCCUCAACCCCAAGGCGAACAGGGAGAAGAUGACCCAGAUUAUGUUCGAGACCUUCAACGCCCCUGCCUUUUACGUCGCUAUCCAGGCCGUCUUGUCUCUGUACGCCUCCGGUCGUACCACUGGUAUCGUCCUGGAUUCCGGUGAUGGUGUCACGCACACCGUGCCCAUUUAUGAAGGUUUCGCUCUUCCUCAUGCUAUCCUCCGUCUCGACCUCGCUGGUCGUGAUUUGACCGAGUACUUGAUCAAGAACUUGAUGGAGCGAGCUGCAGACCGCUGCGCGAGCAGUGCCCUGGAGAAGUCCUACGAAUUGCCCGAUGGACAGGUUAUCACCAUCGGUAACGAGCGGUUCCGUGCUCCUGAGGCACUAUUCCAACCGGCUUUCUUGGGAUUGGAAGCCGCUGGUAUUCACGAGACAACAUACAACUCCAUCUUCAAGUGUGAUCUUGAUAUCCGUCGUGACCUUUACGGAAACGUUGUCCUCUCUGGCGGUACAACGAGUCCCUGCAUGAAGGUCAAGAUCGUUGCUCCUCCUCCCGAACGCAAAUACUCCGUCUGGAUUGGUGGUUCUAUUCUCGCAUCGCUCUCCACGUUCCAGAACUUGUGGUGCUCGAAGCAGGAGUACGACGAAAGCGGUCCUGGUAUCGUUCACCGCAAAUGCUUCUAA